GGACAGAGAUCAGUGAAGCCGCUCUGGACCUCUGAUAACACGGAACCAGGACCACAUGAAGUAACAGCGGACAGCCCCACACCCUGACCCGGUCCGGAGACCCCAUAAGCCGCUUCUCUGUGCGGUAUCAGCAUCUGGAUGGUGAUAAAUGUGUUAAAAGUAGAGACCCUCCACAGUGGUCCGUGUGUGUGUUAGCAGAGCUCCAUUCAAUGUGGACUCCUGGAUGUGUGUGAUAAGACUGGACCUGGUCCUGUUGGGUCCUCACCUUGGAUCUGACUGACCAUGUUCACCUAUAGCAGACUGCUGGUCCACACAGUGUUAGGUGGACUCAGGGCUCACUGUGUCCGGACCCGGAGCUCAACUCUGACCUUAAGUCAAGGACGGCUGUGGGUGAACCCUCAGACCAGACUGUGGAGCUGCUCCAGGACCCAGACUCCAAACACAGGUCCCAGUAGUCUGUCAUUCAGGACUCACACCUGUGGAGAACUCAGAUCAGACCAUGUCGGAGAGAAGGUCACUCUGUGUGGAUGGGUCCAGUAUCUCAGACAAGAUCUGUUCAUCAUCCUGCGAGAUUUCAGUGGCCUGACACAAAUCCUGAUUCCACAGGAAGAAUCUCCAAAUGACUUGAAAGCAGUGUUGUGUGACCUCACAGUUGAGUCUGUGAUCAUGGUCAGAGGAACAGUGACACGGCGACCAGCGGGUCAGGAGAACAAGAACAUGUUAACAGGAGAAAUUGAGGUCCUGGCUGAAAAUGUGGAGAUCUUCAAUGUGAGCAAGAAACUGCCUUUUGAAAUUAAAGACUUUGUAAAAAAGUCAGAGUCUUUGCGGAUGCAGCAUCGCUACCUGGACCUGAGAUCAUCUCAGAUGCAGAAGAACAUGCGACUGAGAUCUGAGCUGGUGAUGAAGAUGAGAGAGUACCUCUGUAAUGUACACGGAUUUGUUGAUGUGGAAACUCCAACUUUGUUCAAAAGAACACCAGGGGGAGCCAAAGAGUUCAUUGUUCCUUCCAGAGAGCCAGGCCGGUUUUAUUCUCUCCCACAGAGUCCACAGCAGUUUAAGCAGCUCCUGAUGGUGGCAGGAAUAGACAGGUAUUUCCAGAUGGCUCGAUGCUACCGAGAUGAAGGAUCCAAACCGGACAGACAGCCCGAGUUCACCCAGGUAGACAUAGAGAUGUCCUUUGUGGACCAGUCUGGUAUCAUGUCCCUGGUGGAGGGUCUGUUACAGUACUCCUGGCCGGCAGAGAAAGGUCCCAUUCAGGUCCCCUUCCAAACCAUGACAUAUGAAGAGGCCAUGAGGGGCUAUGGUGUGGACAAACCUGAUACCAGGUUCAAUAUGAAGUUAAUUGACCUCAGUGAGGUUUUUUCAUCCACGGAGAUUGAAUUUCUCAGAUCAGCUCUUGCCCAACCAGGAGGUUCUGUUCAGGCCAUCUGUGUCCCCAGUGGAGCGAAACUUUUUACAGCUAAAGAUUUAGAAGAACUGAAACAAGGAGCCAGGACUCAGUUUGACCAGGAGCUGAGUCUGGUGCUGGUCAGGGCUGACGGGUCGCUGAAGUCUCCUCUGAAGAAGCUGCUGUCUGUCUCUGCCACAGAUGAUCUAUUACAGACAACUGGAGCCAAACCAGGAGAUCUGGUGCUGAUGGCUGCCGGUUCUCUCCACACGGUGCGUCCUUUGUUGGGUAAUCUUCGCUUGCAGUGUGCUGAGCUCCUGAAUUCUCGUGGUGUCACACUCCGCGACCCCUCAGUCUUCCACUUCCUCUGGGUGGUGGACUUCCCUCUGUUCUUACCCAAAGACGAUGAGCCGGAGCAGCUGGAGUCAGCACAUCAUCCAUUUACCGCUCCACUACCAGAGGACACACCGUUACUGUACACAGAGCCACACAAGGUACGAGGUCAGCACUAUGACCUGGUGCUGAAUGGCUGUGAGAUCGGAGGAGGCUCCAUCCGCAUCCACAAAGCCUCAGAGCAGCUCCACGUGUUGAAGAACAUCCUCAGGGAGGAUCCUAGCCUUCUGUCUCACCUGCUCGAGGCCCUCGACUCAGGAGCGCCACCACAUGGAGGCAUUGCUCUUGGUUUGGACCGGCUUGUCUCCAUCAUGGUUGGGGCUCUCAGCAUCCGUGACGUCAUCGCUUUCCCCAAAUCCUUCCGGGGUCAUGACCUCAUGAGCCAGGCCCCUGACUUUGUGUCUGAGGAGGAUCUGAACUGUUACCACAUCUCUGUCAAAUGGCCACCAGAGCAAGAGGGAACAGGAACGGCAGGGAAGUGAGGAGGAUAAGGAUGACAAGAACUACACAAGGAAGAGCCGAUACCUUCCCAUAACUCUAUAAAUUUGAGGACACAGAAACAGGAAGAGAAGCAGACAACCAGUUUGUUCAGACGUUGGCAGAGACGAAAA